AUGGGCGACAGUCCGGCCAUGUCCGAGUACCAGAUCUCGGUGGAGGAGCUGAACGACCUCCUGGCUAACGGGAGCGGCUGCUACAGCCUGCCGAGCGCGCACAGCAACGAGGUGGUGCCGCGCAUCCACGUGGGGAACGCGUUCAUAGCCAAGAACAUUAUGAGGCUGCAGCAUCUGGGGAUAACCCAUGUUCUGAAUGCAGCAGAGGGGAAGUCAUUCAUGCAUGUGAACACUAAUGCAGAGUUCUACGAAGGCACAGGCAUCAGAUACCAUGGCAUUAAAGCUAACGAUACACCAGAAUUUAACCUCAGUCGCUACUUUGAGGAGGCAGCUGAUUUUAUUGAGAAAGCUCUUUCCCAGAAGGAUGGACAAGUGUUUGUGCACUGCCGUGAGGGCUACAGCCGUUCUCCUACCCUGGUCAUUGCCUACCUCAUGCUUCGCCAGAAGAUGGAUGUCAGGUCUGCACUGUGCGCUGUCCGGCAGAAGCGAGAGAUAGGCCCCAACGAUGGCUUUCUCAGGCAGCUUUGCCAGCUCAAUGAGCAGUUAGUGAAGGAGGGCAAACUGAAGCCUUAGAACAGAGCACCACUGUCACAUUGCUCACACCGUCAGAGGACAUCUUAGGAGGUUUAGAUUCCCAAACUCCAGCCAAGCUAAAUCACAUCAUGUAAGAGAGACAGAAUUCCUUCUUUUGUCUAGUGAAAGUAUCUUCUUCAAGUUCUGUAUCUGUCUUUGGCAUCAAAUUGUUACUAUUCAGAGCUGCUACAAUAAAGAGGUGUUUUUAGUGGGGCUAACUCCAGGGAUAACAGCUGUCUUCAGAGCCCUCUGCAGACGCCAGAGCGUAUGUGGUUUAUGUUGGCACGAGUGUGAUUCAUUUAAGCCUUAUCUUGUAUGCUGUCAGAACAUCGUUUUCUGAGACACCCCCCCAACACAUCACAUUGCAUCACUCUUAAUUGAAGUAUUUUCUACAGCUUCCUUUUCAUGCACACAGGUGCCUAAACUCUGAGUGUUUGAGCUUCAAGGAACAGAGAAUCAUAAACACAAAUGCUCAGAUGCACUCACAUGUAACACUGCAGUGUUGUGUUUAGUGUGGAUUUCUGCAAUGCACUGUGGUUGCUAAGCCAUUCAGAUCCCAGUCUUGAUGCACAGUAUUGCCAAGAAUAUUUGUACCUCUUGCUGUUGUAAUUGCCAUGAAAUACCCUGACAUUAAAUGCUCUUUCACCUUUGUUUUGAAGUCAUACCUGAAAAAAAUGUCAGGAGCAAAUACUGAGGUUAAAAAAUAGUAUCAAGUAAGAAAUAAUGUCUGAUUUUAGGAGUGCUUGGAAUGGAUGUGUGAUAAAGUCAUAAGUACCAGAAUAUGAUGACUUCUGGGGCUUGUUUUGAGUUGCAGUGUCUCUCCCUUCCUUACUAGCACUGUUUGUGAAGAGAAUGGAAUGAGCACAUACAGAUUACUUCAGAAGGGCAGCACAGGUGUGCUUACAAUGCAGUUUGCAGAUUGCUUGCAUGGUAUCAUUAAAGAGAAAUGAACAUUGUUACAUACCACACAGAGCAGGAAACAUUUCUAUUAAAUAAUGUAUUGUUUCUGCUUGACACACAGAUUAAAUGAGUCAUUGCAAAUGAGGGCUAGCAGUUGUUAAGAUUAAAUCCAGAAUGGCUUAUUAAAAUUGAGUCUGUUUA